AGGCGGAGCCAUCGCCUCCUGACGUCAGAGACACACUUCUGAGAGAUACGCGGGAAAACUGCCACACAGUAGAAUGGAUCCAGCGGAGGUAGAGUUUCUCGCAGAGAAAGAGAUGGUAAAAAUCAUCCCGAAUUUCAGUCUCGACAAAAUCUAUUUGAUUGGGGGAGAUCUGGGGCCGUUUAACCCGGGUCUGCCAGUGGAAGUCCCUGUGUGGUUGGCCCUCAAUCUUAAACAAAGACAGAAAUGCAGGAUAGUUCCUCCAGAGUGGAUGGACACCGACAAACUAGAGGAGAUCCGUGAACAGGAGAGAAAACUAGACACUUUCACUCCCAUUCCGAGUCCUUAUUACAUGGAGCUAGCCAAAUUAUUACUCAACCAUUCUGCAGAUAACAUCCCCAAAGCCGAUGAGAUUCGAACCCUGGUGAAGGACAUCUGGGACACGCGUGUGGCCAAACUAAGACUUUCUGCAGAUAGUUUCAUCAGCCAGCAGGAGGCUCACGCGCAGCUGGAUAAUCUCACGCUAAUGGAGAUCAACACCACACGCUCAUUUCUGCUGGACUCUCUGAACUACAUGUAUAAACUGCGCUCAAACCUGCAGCCGGGCAGAAGUCAGGACUACUGAGAUGUUCUGAAAUAAUGGAGAAAUUCUCUACCACAUUUUUCAGCCUUGUUGCAAUAUGUAGUAAAACAUAAACAGGCUGAAGUUUGCUUUUAUGUUCUGAAACCGAUUUUUGAAAAUGUAUUACUGAUGACUGCAUGGAAUCAUAUCUGAACUCGUGACCACUGCUGUGUCUUGGCAUGUAAAUAGUAACCGAUGCUACACUGUAGCUGACCAGUCUAGUGAAAG